GUCGGUCACGUGACCCGUCGCGGCGAAGCGGGGCGCGGGGUGUGGGGCGCCGGCUAGACUCUCCAGUAGCCGAGCCAUCCGUCUGCUGCUUUGACUGUGACCGCUCGGAAUCCACGCCUUUACGCAUAGAUAUAACGCGCCAUAUUCGUCCCGUCACCUGUGUUUUAUUGAUUAGUUGAUAAUCGCAUAGGAAAAUGUCAGCCCAGUGAUGAGUUCGUCGCUUAUUUUUGCACGGAUCUGUCGACGGGGCGGCGGAGCAGGCGCGGGGAAGGCGGGCGCGGCGCGAUCCGUCGCAGACAUGCUCCGACCGCUGUCGAGGCGUCUCGCGUACGCGCGGCCGUUCGCGCGCUAGUCGGGCGUAGCUCGCGACCAUGGAUAUUGUGACGCCUCACAUCAGUUCGGUGCUAAGAACCUAUCAAGCCAGUGCACCGCGGAGCCUCCAAGGCCCCGGCGUGGGGCGCGCAGGUCCGCCGUCGGCGCCGCCGCCACCGCUGCCUCGAGCCGCGCCGCCCAUUCUCCUCGCCGCCGAUCCAGUGCUAGGCGAACGCGGCGAGACUGCUCUCGAAGGAGAGCCGAUAUCUUGCUUCAGUGUCGGUGGCGAACGUCGACUCUGCCUCCCGCAGAUUCUGACCUCGGUUCUGACGGACUUUAGUUUGGAGCAGAUCAAUCGCGUGUGUGAUGACUUACAAAUAUACUGUUCGAGGUGCACGCCAGAGCAAUUACACGAGUUGAAGUCGACGGGUGUGCUGCCCAGGACGGCUCCGUCUUGCGGUUUGAUAACUCAGACAGAUGCGGAGCGGCUUUGCGCGGCUCUAUUGCACGCCCCGGCGGCGGCAGCCAAAAAGUUGCCUGGAUUUCGGGUGUAUCAUGAGUGUUUCGGGGGUGCGCGAGGUGUUUGCGCGCCAGAACUAGGACUAGUGCAGUGUGUGGAAUGUCGCGGGAUCUAUGUUCCGCGUCGGUUCGUGUGCCAUACUCACACGACCGAGCAUCGCACGUGCCAUUGGGGAUUCGAUUCGGCGAGAUGGAGGCGGUUCCUUCUGGUUUCGGAUGAUGAACGGGACAAGGAAAAGUGUGAAGCUUUGUUGGACGAUGUAGCCACGAGGGAUCCGAGGGAAACGCACGCUGUACCAUCGCACCCUCUGGUGAAACAACUGCCGAUCAAAAGAAAGCAGGUGUUGGAGACGAUUGUCUGCAAACCCGAGCCUCCAGAAUCACCACCGAAGAAAGUCAGGAGCGAAGACUUCGGCUGCGCACUCUAUUUAGACCCAUACGCCCAUCUACGGUACAGAACCGCCCAGACCUUCCGACCCUGGGGCAAAAGGGAGCCAGAACUCCUCCACCCAGAAAGGGUGGUCCGAGUAGCAGAUUGCAGGAGGUUCGAACACGACUUCCAGCCAAACGUUGCCCUCAAACCACUAACUCCGCCUAUAGACGACGUGACUUCAUCCACGUCACCACCCCCAUCAGACCCAGAGCUCACUGCCCGGUUGUUAGACGCAGAGGCGCGUUUAAACGAACGCGAGCGAACCCUGGAAGAGAGGGAGGUAGAGCUCGCCAGGCGCGAGGCAAGGCUCGAGGAAAGGGAAAGAGAGAUAGAGAGGAGAGAACGACUCCUCGAAGAGAAACCAGAGCCGAAUUCCUCUCCGCCAAGGGAUAGUGAUCCGCCUUGUUGACCGACGCGGGUAAUCACCCGGCUUGUGAUUUGAUGAACGCUUAGCGAAGUCUAGAGUACAAAAUGUUGAGGUGCUUAACGGUAUCGCGUCUGGAUGGUUAGUGCUGAUCGUGGAGCCAUUCAAAGCACUUGGAUUACUUGUACCUGUAUCUGCCAAUAGCUAACUUUAAUAUUGAGCCGCGUUCGAGAGAACUUUUCAUAUAAAAAUUUGGAGCUAUUGGUUGGUACAGUGCUGGCGCAGUUUAUGAACGUUACAUUGAGGUAAUCAAUAGUUUUCUAAGUAUGGCCGGACUGUUUGACACCGAUCGGUAAAUGCAUAGUGAACUAGCCCCAAAACUGUUGUCUAUGUGCCAUUUUCCGGUAUUAUAUACCUUCCCAUAUGCUUCAAUACUCACAUAAUAAAUAAAGCAUAAUUUAUAUACAACUUUAAACCACAUAAGUUUGUACAUACUGCCAAUUGUUUUCUCUAAAUAGGGGUUCAAGUAUUACGUAAGCAGAUUUAACUGCAAUUUAUCCCUUCCCCCCCCCCCAGCAGCCACAAUCCAGCAGUAGGAAUCCUCGAAAAUGCAUUUUGUUAUCAAGCAUAGACAAUGUGUAAAAAAGUUAAUAAUUACUGGUGACGUAUUCACCAAAUAAGAAAAUCAAAUCCACAAAUAUAGUACUUACGUAAUAUUUGAACGGCCCCUAUCUGUGUAUAGACCUCUGUAAUACCAAAUAAUUUAUAAUCCAUUCAGUUUAACGAAUUAAUAUAAAAUUCUUUUAUAAGGCAACACACCAACUAAAAUGGGUGCCCAUGGGCUGCGUGAGCGUCCCGUAGGCUCGUUUGCAAUCCAAUAAAAACCAUGGCGUAGAUGAUAAUAUAUUUAAAAUGGCCGAUACAAUUUGGGUUUCAUUUGC